GGGUGUGCAGUGGUUGCCCGCUGGGAUGUCCGAUAUAUCCAGACUUUCGGGCUUACAAACACACCCUCAUCACCUGAUCCAGCACUGUGGCUUUGGUUGUUACAUACAAACUGGUGCGUAUCGAAUUGCAACAUUUUCUUGUGCCUGCUGAUUACCAACACAUGAAGUGAGAUCGGCUGGCUCGUGGUUCUUCCCCAGAAUAUAAACGAAUCUUUCAUCGGAAGACCAAACAACCAACAUUAAAGCAGACAGUCGAUUCAUAGGAUAGGAUAGGAUGCACAACAGCAGCCCCAGCGACUUGCCCUCGGCCAACUCACUCCAACCAGCACUGCCCUCCCCCAAGGACGAUGACCCCCAGGCCGGCCCACCCAAGCAUCUCUACACUAGGAUACCCGAGAGGCAGCUACUGGCCGAUGGCACCCCAGACUACAUCCAGCUCAUACUCAGCUCGAAGGUCUACGAGGUCGUCAAAGAGACUCCGAUCACUCAUGCCGUCAAUCUCAGCGAUCGUUUCGGUGUCUGGAUCGGGAUGAAGAGAGAGGACCUCCAACCAGUCUUCAGCUUCAAAAUCAGAGGCGCCUAUAACUUAAUGGCUCAUCUCCGUCCCGAAGAAAAAACAAACGGGGUCAUCGCAUCCAGUGCAGGAAAUCAUGCACAAGGAGUCGCAAUGUCUGCCAAAGCUCUGGGAAUCAAAGCGACGAUCGUCAUGCCGCUAGCCACGCCUUCCAUCAAAUAUCGAAAUGUCGGCCGACUCGGAUCAAAGGUCGUCUUACAUGGGAACGACUUCGAUGAGGCCAAGCGAGAAUGCAGCCGACUAGCAACCGAGAACAAGCUCACCAACGUCCCACCAUUCGACGACCCACACGUGAUUGCAGGCCAGGGUACCGUCGGACUAGAGAUCCUCAACCAGCUCGACAUGCAUUCCUUGGAUGCGAUCUUCGUCUGUGUCGGUGGCGGAGGCCUGCUGGCGGGAAUCGCGGCAUACGUCAAGAAGAUCGGUCCUCCCGGACUUAAAGUGAUCGGCGUAGAGAGUAUCGAUCAACCCGCCAUGACCGAAAGCUUGGCUACCUCAACACGGCUGACGUUGAACGAAGUCGGCCUCUUCAGCGACGGGACUGCCGUCCGGGUGGUAGGCGAAGAAACCUUCCGACUAUGUCAAUCAUUAGUAGACGAAAUGGUCUUAGUAAACAACGAUGAGCUCUGUGCAGCCAUCAAAGAUGUCUUCGAAGAUACCCGAUCGAUCCCCGAACCUGCCGGCGCUCUCGCCGUAGCCGGAGUCAAACGAUAUAUCCAGCAAAACAAACUUAUUGGCUCUGGGAAGAAAUUUGUGUCGAUCGUCAGCGGUGCCAACAUGGAUUUCGAUCGGCUCCGAUUCGUUGCCGAACGCGCCGAUCUUGGAGAACAGAGGGAGGCUUUACUCAGCGUGAUUGUCCCAGAAAAGCCUGGCAGCUUUGUCAAACUUCACUCUUACCUUCAUCCACGUCCAGUCACCGAGUUCUCCUACAGAUUCUCGUCCACCUCCCAGGCCUUCAUCUUCGUUUCUUUCCGUCUCGCCUCUCUCUCCUCAGCCAAUCUUUCUCCUGGCGAGGCUAGACGGCAAGAGAUCGAGGGCAUCUUACAGUCCAUUUCCGAUGAUCCUCUGGGUAUGACACCCCGAGACAUCUCCAAUAACGAGAUGGCCAAAAGUCACGCACGCUAUUUAAUCGGCGGCCGGGUUGCUGUCGAAAAUGAGCGCUUGAUCUCAUUUGCAUUCCCUGAGCGGCCUGGAGCAUUGAGGAAGUUUUUGGUGGUCUUGAGCGGGGCAGAAUCAGAAUCAAACAAGUUUAACAUUUCCUUAUUUCACUAUCGGAAUCACGGUGGUGAUUUGUCUAAAGUUCUCGCUGGUAUUCAAGUCCCUCCUGCCGAUCAAACAAAGUUUGAAAGCUUUCUAGAAAAGCUUGGAUAUCCUUUCACCGAUGAAACUGAAAAUGAGGUCUACAAGGAAUUCUUACUGGCCAAAUAAAAUAUCACGAUGUUGUUAAAAAACGAACUCUUGAAUUACAAUGCAAAGGAACAACACUCAAUGCUAAGUCCACUUUUGGAGAGU